UUUGAGAGACUGACAGCUGAUUGUGAGAGAUCCUAAUGAAGUCUCGAACACAUAAGUGAACAAAAUGUCAUUGAAAAUUGGACAGCGGGUGGAAAUAACGGGAAAAGAAUGUCAGGGCUCGAUUGCUUAUAUCGGACAUCCGAGUUUCGCUGCUGGCAAAUGGAUCGGCGUUAUUCUCGAUGAACCAAAGGGCAAGAAUAAUGGCACUAUUAAAGGACAGUCGUACUUCAAGUGUCAAGAAAACCAUGGAAUGUUUGUACGACAGACCCAACUCAUUUUGCUUGACGAUGCUGGCAAUAGGCCAGAUCCAACGAGCCCGUCAUCAGCCGGUAGCAGUGCUACUACGCCAGAUGACACCGGAGCUGCAAGAGCUCGUAGUCGUCUCAACAGCAUGAGCGUGCGCAGAAGGAACGAACCAACGGCCGUUAGAAGGAAAACAUCCCCUGCGCAAGUAACACGGCAACAGUCGGAUAAGCUGUCUGGUUCUCGGCUAUCACUGGCAGGGAGCAGAACUCAGCUUAGUGCUCCGAGCAUCGAGAAUCUGACGGGUUCGCCUCAUGAACGGAAGGACAGUGGUGAAUCGCAAAUACCUGCGCCAACAUCAACAAAACGUGCAUCAUUUGUAGAGAAAACCCCUAGCACGAGCUCGCCUCCCGGCAAAAAGCCAAAGGCCCAAGAUGAUCGCAAUAAUACCGGCUUUGUGGAAACUCUCAAGCCGAACUUCGUGCCGGGACAAGCAAUUGCUGGCUCGUUAUCGGCCACAGCCAAUAGCGCCAAUCUUGAAGAAAAACUUACACACAUGCAACUGGCUCAGGAAAAUGACAAUUUGAAAUCUCAGGUCGUCGAUUUGACUGAAAAAGUGGAAACUCUUCGAAUCAAACGGUUACAAGAUAAAGAGAGGAUGAAAGAGUUCGAAAAAACGAAACUUCAACUCGAACAACUGUUGGAAUUCAAAUCCAAAGUUAUGGAGAGUCAAGCAAGUCUUCAGAGAGAAGUUCAACGUGCGAGACAAGAGACUCGGGAGGCCCAACUCGCUCGUGGAAUUUAUCAAGAUGAAAUGGCCGAUUUAGCUGAGACCGUAGAAAUGGCGACACUCGACAAAGAAAUGGCUGAAGAGAAAGCUGAGACUCUCCAGAUCGAGCUGGAUCAGCUUAAAGAAAAGCUCGAGGAGAUGACGUUAGAUUUGGAAAUUUUGCGGACAGAAAUGUCGGAAAGGGCCAGUGGAACAACCGGCGUUUCCGGUGGAGGAAACGGCCCUUCGACCUACGAGAUCAAGCAACUUGAGCAGCAGAACAGUCGAUUGCGUGAAACACUCGUAAAAAUGCGAGAUUUAUCGGCUCACGAGAAACACGAAUUUCAAAAACUUCAGAAAGACUUGGACCAGAAAAAAUCGGAAAUUCUUGAGCUUGGGCGGACUAAGGAAAAAUUGUCUGUUCGUGUCGAGGAGAUGGAACACCAAAUCGCCGAUUUGCAAGAGCAGGUCGAUGCGGCUCUUGGUGCUGAAGAAAUGGUAGAAAUGCUUGGCGAAAGGAAAAUGGCUUUGGAAGAAAAAGUUGCUGAAUUGGAGGAAGCUGUAGCUGAUUUGGAAGCCUUACAAGACAUGUCUGACCAAUUAGCCGAAUCCUCGAAGGAAUUGGAGCUGGAAUUGCGCGAAGAGUUGGAUUUGGCGCUUGGCUCAGCUCGGGACGCUCAGCGUCAUCGUGAUGCAGCUCUCGAGACUCUCGCCGACCGCGAGUCGACGAUAACCAAAUUCCGGGAACUGACGAUACAAUUGCAGGAGCAAUGCUUGCAGUUGCAGACGCGCGUGCAAUCGACGGAAACGACGAAAACCGGGGAACGCGGUGCGGAACAACAGCUCGCAGAGAUUCUCGAUUUCCAAAAAACUUUCGCCGAAACGAGAGCACAAACGAAAGCUGUCGACCUUGAACUUCGACGACUCGACGUCGAAGAAGCGCGUCUGCACGUUCGUUAUUUGCUUUCUUUCAUGCCCCCCGCGUUCCUCGUUCGCGGUGGCGAUCACGAUGCUAUUAUGACACUGCUGCUCAUACCGAGGAUGAUUCAUAAAACGGAAAUAUUGAUUUCUCAAGUUAGAGACAAGUAUCGAGCUAUCGAUAAGAUCGACAGAUCCACGUUAUUAAAAGGACAUUCAAUCGCCCAGUACGCCUUCAGAUCCCGUUUGUGCGGGCACAUGUACGCACUGCAAACAGCUCUCGGAUGUUUCGAAUCAGCCCUGAACGUUUGUUCUCCCGAUAUGUUACUUAAAGUCGGUGCUACUUAUCCCGAGAUGGCUGCGCAGGAAAAAGCACUUGAUUGUUUGAUUAAUUUGGCUAAAAAAGAUCAACUUGACGAGAACGUAUCGAUGGAUGCUUUGGAAAAAUGCGCGGCUUACUUUGCCACAAUGUUUAGUGUCCUUCUCAGCGAAAGCACUAUCGCUAAUCAGGCACGUAUGGUCGUCAAUGGCACAAGAUCUCUCGGAAGCGCUUGCGAUGCCAUCACGACCGAAGCUACCGCUGUCAAAACGCUUUUGGAUGGAGAAGGAGGCGAUAUAGGAUUGCUUUGCCAACACGCCGAAACUACGUGCGAGGUCAUCCAGCAACAUCUCAACUCCGCACGAAGACGUGUCCCAAGAGAUCAAAUAACAAAUUCUUCGGGUCCUGGAACGAAUCUCGGAUUGGAGAAAGAUUGGGCCGAACAAUUUACUAAUUGUUAUCAGCAUUCAGUGAAAAUAACGAAAACGUUGCAGGACUUGUUGAAGAGCGCUUUACAAGCAAUCACAGCGAAUGGCGACUUCGAUAGCGGCCUAAGUGCGAACAAGCUCAAAGAAAUGGCAGCGAUUUCGACUGAACGUAUUUAUGACACGGAGGAUCUUGGUCCGGUCGCCACUAUCAAAUCGAGUCUUGCCGUCAUACAACAGAUGGCUGCUAAUUUGGCACAAAAAAUGGCCGAGUGUGAAAACGAGCUAGCAAUCGCUGGACAACAACCGACCGCGCAAACGGGUUCAGCUGACAAUGAGCCAAUAACCCCAAUUCUCAUGAGAGCACAAGCCGCCAUCAAAGAAUCCGAAGAGACUAAAAUAUUAGGAAGAAAACUUGAAACUAGGGAUAGCGACAUUCGAGAGUGUCGUCUCGCGCUUCGAGAGAAACAGGAAGAGCUUUCGGAAAUGGUACUGCGUCGAGAUCUCGCUGAGAAACGCUUGGCCCACCAGCAGCGCGAACACGAGCUUGACGUCGAUAAACUCAAGAGAAAGUUGGAGGAAGCGCAGAACCUACUCAAACGCAAAGAAAAAGAAUUCGAAGAAACGAUGGACCAUCUGCAAACCGAUAUCGAGAGCCUGGAGUCUGAGAGAGGACAAUUGAAGGAAAAGUUGAAGACCUUCGGCAAGAAAACAUCGAUGACGCCAACGGGUCCAGGCUCGACUUUGCCAAGCAGCGAUGGUACUUCGACGGUCCCAUCGAGUGGUAGUUCCUCUGAUUUCUCAAGUUCAACCUUCGAAAACAGACUUCUCACACAAGAGAUAAACGCUCUCAAAGAAGCUCUAAGUUCGGAGCAUCGUCAAAAACGAAAACUUUUGGCUAAUGAUCUUAGAAAUAAACUCAAUUCCUUGCAACCGUUGCCGGAUUUGUCGUACAGAAAACGAACAGAUCCAAAACUCGAGGAAUUGCAAAAGGAACGAGGCAAACUUAUUCAGGAAAUUCACAAAGUAAUGAUGAAUCCAACCGUGCCGGAUCUACGAAAGUGCAAACUUAUUACGAGCGAAGAGCCCAAAUUGAACAAAGCAUUAUUGUCUUAUCAAUUAUUGGAACGACAAUUAACUAUAAAGCAAUUGCAAGAUAAAGCGGAGAAAUUGACGGACGCCGUCAGAGAAGAGACUGUGAGAAGAACGACGGGUGGCCGAGCAGAGGCGGACUUCGCGAUAUUCCUAAGCCGCGAAAUGGCAGCUGCAUUACGUUCUAAAAACAAAAUAAUGGCAGCCGAAAUAAGUAUUCCAUGCAAAAAUGUCGACAAUAAGACGCAAUCCAUCAGCGUUGGCACCGACGAUUUGAGAAAAAUUCACACUCUGCUCAGUUAUUAAUGUGUACAUUAAACCGGAUUGAUGUCGACAAAAAUAUCCUUAUUUGUUCAGUCGACUUUAUAUAUGAAUUUUUUGAUCUUUCGUUCAGUUCGUUUCAAACAUUGUUUCGUUUGGAACAGAUGUGCCAGUUUUGGCCACUUGUGAUUCAAUUUCAACAUUUACACUUCGUUAAAAAAUUAUAAAAUUCACUAAUCAUUAUUCGAAUUCUCUGGAGUUUUCUAGUUAAUUGAAUUUACUUUCAUCAAACGUCUUACAUUAUUUCCUAUAACAAUGAAUCAUUCAUUUUUCUAAUUAAAACUAAUUAGCUUAACUUUAUUUAUCGGUUACAAUGAAGACCAACAUGAAUAAUUCUCAAUCUUGUAACGUAAAAGUGGCUGGAACAAGUGCAUCUCGUAUUAAUACUUUUUUUAUACAUUUUAUCACGAUUGAAAUUGGCUACGGCACGAUGACUUGGCACACCGUUGCUGCUAGACUGCCUCAUCGGAAACAUUUCUUUUGAUUUUUCUAUCGAUUUUUCUUUUGUUUUCCUUUUCUCUAUCAACAGCUUUAGCUGUGUGGUGAUAUUAUUUUAAGCGUUAAAAUCAUCGAAACGAAUAGGACUUUAUUUCCCUCGAGAAGAUUAUGGCAGUCGUCGCUACGCUUUUGUAUCUUAUGAAUCGAACGUUGAAUACUGAACCGUUGGACACUACUUUUCAGUUUGAUUAUGGCGACGAGAGCCGAUGAUACCUCUGCACAAAGUACGUACAUGCGUAAAUUACAAGUGAAAUUAUGUCGCGGAAAUCUCAUAACUGUACAUCAAAACUCUUCACCUUAAAAUAUAACUAUUUAUUCGGAGACAAGAAAAUUAAUGAGGAGCGCACUCGUCAGAGUUUAUUAAUCCUUGUAUCAAACGAACGUUGAAUAAAAUAACGCUGGCUAAGUGUUGGUGGAAUUGAGUAUGAAAA